UACUCAGAGAGAGACUGUCUCCAGCCAAGAGGCUCCAAGGAAGUCCUCUGUCCUCUUCCAGGGAUUUGAUCCUGACCAGACCUGUGCAGAAUAUUUGGGUUGUGCUCAUCCCUGCUGAUUUUCAGAGCCAAAAUCAGCAAAAUCAGACUGUUCAAAAUGAGGAUUUUGUUCUAUCUGCUCUUUCUGGAAGAAAAAAGGGAUGCCUUCGUGGCAUUUCACAAUGACAAGUCCCUGGUGAAAAAGUACCUGAAAUCUCUGCUGAUUGGGGAGCUGGCACCAGAUCAACCCAGCUUUGAGUCUAAUAAAAAGAAAUCCCUCUUGGAGGAUUUUCGUGAGCUGCGCUGCACCAUUGAGAAGAUGGGACUUCUGAGGCCAAAUUACUUCUUCUUCUUCCUGAUUUUCCUUCACCUCCUGGUGCUGGAUGCUGCAUCCUGGCUUGUGGUCUGGUACUUUGGCAUAUCCCUGGUGCCCUUCGUGGCUGGCAUGGUGUUCUUCACCACUGCCCAGAUCCAGAUGGGCUGGUUCCAGCACGAUCUGGGGCACUGCUCUGUCUUCAGGAAGCCCAGGUGGAAUCAUCUCCUACAGAUCGUGGUGAUAAACAUGCUGAAGGGGCUGCCUGCCAGCUGGUGGAACCACCUGCACAACCAGCACCAUGCCAAGCCCAACUGCUUCCGCAAGGACCCGGACCUCAACAUGCACCCUCUGCUCUUCAGCCUGGGAAGGACCCUCUCCGUGGAGCUUGGAAAGCAGAAGAAGAAGUUCAUGCCUUACAAUUACCAGCACAAGUAUUUCAUCUUGCUGGCCCCACUCGCCCUCAUACCCUUCUUCCAGCUGUCAAUAUUCUACUUUGCAAUCAAGAGGAAAAAGUGGUUGGACCUGAUAUUGAUUGUGGCUUUCAAUAUCCGAGUCUGCCUCAUGUACGUUCCUUUAAUGGGAUUUAAAAAUUUCAUGGUGUACUACUGGCUGUCCAGAUACCUUGAGAGUACCUGGUUUAUUUGGGUGACCCAGAUGAAUCACAUCCCAAUGAAUAUUGAUUAUGACAAGAACAAAGACUGGGUGUCUACUCAGCUCCACGCAACCUGCAAUGUGAACCAGUCUGUGUUCAACGACUGGUUCACUGGGCACCUGAACUUCCAAAUCGAACACCACCUGUUCCCCACAAUGCCUCGGCACAACUACUGGAAAGUGGCUCCCCUGGUGAAAAGCCUCUGUGACAAGCACGGCAUUGAGUACAAAACCAAGACUUUGCUGACAGCCUUUAUAGAUAUUUUGCAUUCCCUGAAGGAUUCUGGGGACCACUGGCUGGAAGCGUAUCUGUAUGGAUAGAAACUGGCAACUCUCCAAGGGAAUCCCUUCACCACACCACUGCUGCUAAGAGCCAGGACACACCAUCCCUGUGCAUGUCCUCACACAUAGGAACUGAGGAGCUGGGCAAAGCUAAUUUCAGUAAGAAUGAAAUGGGAAAGUGGCUUCAAGAUACAUUUUUACCUUGUUCCCAACCUCUGUGGGAGCCUCUGUUUUUUCCUGCUCUCAAUCUCAGAAUUCAGAGAUGGGCUUUUAAACUCGGGGAGAAGUAGCUCUUGAAUCAGCUUGAUCAGUUCAACUUUAUUGGAAGUGUCAGUUCCUUGCUUAUGGAAGAAAGGAAGUUCUUCUCAGUCAUAGAAUCCUGGAAUGGUUUGGGUUGGAAGGGACCUUAAAGAUCAUCUUGCUCUACCCCCUGCCAUGGGCAGGGACACCUUCCACCAGACCAGGUCGCUCCAAGCCCUGUCCAGCCUGGCCUUGAACAGUUCCAGGGAUGGGACAUCCACAGCUUCCCUGGGGAACCUGUUCCACUGCCUCACAAUAAAGAAUUUCUUCCUAAUAUCCAAUCUACACCCACCCUCUGUCAGUUCAAAACUGUUGUCCCUCAUCCUGUCCCCACAAGUCCUGAUAAAAACUCUCCAUAUUCCUCAUAAGCCUCUUUCAGUAUUAAGGUCUCCUUCUUUCUUGGCUCAGUGGGCCAGUGAAGAAACACAGGAAAAGUACAGGAAGUCAGGAGACAUUAAACCAGGGGGAAUUUUUAAGGGAUCUUCUUGAACAGAUCAAAUAAAUGUGCAAAGAGCAAGGUGGCCUCUGGGGCAUGUCCCCAUCACUUCUGGUCACCUUGCUGUGACUGUUAAGGGUUGUAACAGGUUCUGUUCGUGGAUUGCAUGGGCAGCCAAAUCUGCUGGGGGCUGCUUACACCUGCAGUAGCCAGUGUGAACACAGCUUGUAUGGCAUGUGGUAUCUUUAGGCAUAAAUAUAUGUCUGGGUUUUAACUGAGUGCUGACUGUGCUGUCAGAUUGGAUUUCUGGUGUAGACCGGCUUUGAGUCAGGCUGAGAAGACAAAGCACUGAGAAGUAGGUCCAGAUUUCAAGGGUAUUGCUUUUACAUAUAUAUAUUACAUUUUAUCUAAAAUUUUACCUCUUGGUGGUUUAGUACAAUUAGUUUUACAAGAGAAUUAUGAAUAAAGUUCUUGAUCAAGAUUUUUAGAUUGAAGUCAAAGCCUGUUUUAGAAGGAGCUCUGAUUUACCUUGCUGAUUUUGGAAAGUAAUUAUAAUUCAAUGACAUUUCCUAAUGCCACUUAGAGCAAAUAUAUUCCAUUAUGGGACUGGCAGAACCCAUGUGGUCCUCACCUCACUGACCCAAAACCAAAAAGGUUUUCAUGGCAAGAACCUGUAGUGCCAAAUAAAGAGACAGUUUGCCCAUAAAAACAAGGCUACAUGGUUCCUCUCCUCUGCUUUCACACCCAGUUACCCAUAGGAGGAAGAUGUGGGAGAUUUAAAUGCAGCUCAGUUGUGUUGCAAUUUACAGACACCAACACCCCUCUUCUGUAACAAGAUCAAGCCCAACAAACAAAGCAGAAGGAGUUCGGACUUUUUAUUUUUGCCUUUUUUUUUUUCAGAACAUCUUAGUUUCUUCUGUUUUUUUAUAAUUCUGUGUAGGUGCAGGUAGCAAUAACACUAUUCUGGUUCUUUGAUAAUAAUGUCUGACAGAUGUCUUUGAAAAGCAUCCUGUUUAAAACAAUAGUUAUUAAAAAGUGUUUAAAAUGUAGUUUGGAAAUCCCUGCUAAUUGGUCCCUACAGCAGUUACAUGUUCCCAAAUCCAGGGUUGGUUAUAAUGGUGAUAUCCAUAAUUAUUUGCAAAAGCAGAAACAUUAUAUAAUUAUUUAAGGGAUAAUACUGCCUUAAGAUGAAUGCAGGGAUUUCAUGGUACUACACAAAGACGUUAAAAUUGCUGUCCUGCUGAAGGUAAUAUAAAUACUAAGGAUUCCUCCAUUUUUUUUUAUCAGUGAGACUUGAAAACUGUGCUGAUCCUGUGUUCUACUGAAGUCAAUGCAAAGCUGAAUCAAAAGGGUUCUUUGUGGUGUCAGUCUCAUAAAUUAAACUGAUCAUUUGUAGUGUUUAAUUAGAAUUCUGGUUAUUUGAAUGUCAUUAUUUAUUGAUUCAUUUUUCAAUCUGGUUUUAAUUAAAACAUUUCUGUCUCUAUU